AUGGUGUUUUCGAAGAGAAAGAUGAAGCAGUUCCUAGCGUUCGGAGUGACGAUCGUGCUCGUGAUUUGUUUGUACAAAUCAUGGGGCAGCCCAACAAACGGGGUAUCACACUACGCUUACGAUGACGGUGAUAGUAGUGUCAUCGGAGGGGAAGAUAAUGCAGCUAUCGAUCAGGAGCACCGCCGCGCUGGUCCAUCGCCCGAACGGUUGGUGUUGUCAGUGGCCGAUCGAAGCGGCCAGAAGCAACAGCCGAACGAUGCUGCUGCCGGUCGACCAGGGCCGCUCGAUGAUGUUGAGCUAGUGCUGGCGCAAAGCAAACCCCAACGGCCGCCCCUACGCAAAGGAGCUUUUGUGGCAGGCAGUGCACAAAAACGGCACCAUGUACCUUCGCUCAACGAUCUCGGUCCGGAUGAUCUCGAUCGCGAAUCUCGGCUGAAUGAGCUACACGAGGCGAAGCGACAGAUACUGGAGCUGGAACGGAAGAUACAGGAGCUGGAGGGUCGGAUACCGCGCAAAUAUCCCGAUGUAACCUUUUUAAACUACAAAAAUCGCAAACGGAUACUGAUAACGGGAGGAGCCGGUUUCGUUGGAUCGCACCUGGUGGAUUAUCUUAUGAUGCAAGGUCACGAAGUGAUCGUGGCGGACAACUUCUUCACUGGCCGGAAGCGCAACGUCGAGCACUGGCUGGGACAUGAAAAUUUCGAGCUGAUUCAUCACGACAUCGUCAAUCCACUGUUCAUCGAGGUGGACGAAAUCUAUCAUCUGGCCAGCCCCGCCAGCCCCCCGCACUACAUGUACAAUCCGGUCAAGACGAUCAAAACCAACACGCUGGGUACGAUCAAUGUGCUCGGUUUGGCGAAGCGUGUCGGCGCCAAGGUACUGAUCGCGAGCACGUCCGAAGUGUACGGCGAUCCCGAUGUGCAUCCACAGCCCGAAACGUACUGGGGUCAUGUCAAUCCGAUCGGACCACGCGCCUGCUACGAUGAGGGCAAACGCGUGUCGGAAACGCUGAGCUACGCCUAUGCCAAGCAGGAGAAAGUGAAUGUUCGCGUGGCGCGAAUCUUCAACACCUACGGACCGCGGAUGCACAUGAAUGAUGGGCGCGUCGUGUCUAAUUUUAUCAUCCAAGCGCUACAAAACCAGUCCAUCACGAUCUACGGUAGCGGCCGGCAGACACGAUCGUUCCAGUACGUCUCGGAUCUGGUUGAUGGUCUGGUAUCGCUGAUGGCAUCCAAUUACACGCAACCCGUGAACUUGGGCAACCCAGUCGAACGUACGAUACAGGACUUUGCCGAAAUUAUUCGAGACUUGGUAGGCUGCAAGAGUAAAAUAAUCGAGCUGCCUGCCGUCGAGGAUGAUCCACAGCGCCGGAAACCGGACAUCUCGAGGGCUAAGAAAUACAUCAACUGGGAGCCAAGGGUACCGCUACAAGAAGGACUCAUGAAAACGAUAGACUAUUUCCGCAAGGAGCUGGCGCGCUCAAAUCACUCACAGCGAAACAUCUUUGUCCCUGAGACGACCGAGUUCCGCAGCUUGUUAUGAUAUCGGGGAUAGUGGUGUGACACGGUUUAGUGAGCGAGAUUAGACAAAUGGGAUUUAAUUCCAUCGGCACGUGUGUUGUGUGCGCACUCUGAUAAAACCUUCCCAAAAGGAAGUGUGCAGAAGAACUUUGUAGAUACGAAUCGUUGGCGAAUGUCGCAUGGCACGAUGCAGUAGUGCAGCAAUAUGAGAGUAUCAGCUAUUGAUUGAUGCUUGGUGUGUGCAAAAGCGAAGAAAAUACUUGUCUCUGAAAGAGUGGAAUAUUUCAUUCUCCAAAAUUGAAGCUGUCUUUAACAUUUAUUUUACUAUGAAUGUAGUACAAUACAAAAAUCAUGUCUUAAGUCCUGCAUAAUUUUAAAAUAUCUGCGCAAUCAUGGCAUGGGAGGCUCAAAUUAGGCGAUAAGAUCUUAGUUGGUAUUUAAAUACUGUUUUCAUUGUUCAGACAACACGACUGAAGCGGUUUGGAAAACAGGGUCAAUUACCACACGUGCAAUAGUUUGAAAUAGCGCAAUGAAAAACGAACCAAUGACGCAAAAUGGUAAUCGGUACAGCAAAUGUUUCAUAUCUAUGGCUUAGUUGCACGGGACUGCCUUCACCGUCUGGAGAGUGAAAUGUGAACUCUAUUAGUGAUUGUUAUUCUCUUUUGUUAUGUAAAUAUCUUCUAGUCUGGUUUUAGUAUAGCAUACAGUAAGGAUUGUGUUUGAUUUGUGUUUUUGUUUCGGGAAAGCUAGAUAAGAACGCUGAGAAUCUAAUAAAUAUGUAAUAAAAUAUGUCACAAAAGUGUACUACAUCA